AUGGAAGAAAUAAAAGGUGCAGAAGAAGAAGAUAUUAGAUCAUUAUUAAGCAAAAUUAUUGAUCGCGAUAUCCACAAAACGAAAGAAAAUCUUAAACAACAAAGAGAACAUAAUGACUCUUUUGAAAAAAAGUUCACGCUAUAUUUUAUUAAUCAUAUGAUCGAACUCAUGGAUAAAAAUAAUGUACUUCUGGAAGAUUUAUCCGAGGGGACAUUCAUUACAAUGGUUUUGGCACCAAUAUUGAACAAAAUUUUCAUUAAUAAUAAGAAAGAUUGGUACGUUAAGUACGGGGAGACUUGUCUUAAGGCAAUUAAAGAAGAGAACGAAGAAUUUUCGGUCACAGAGAUCAGUUCGGAAAGAUUGGUCACAUUUCACGGGGGAUCGAAUGAAAAUAAUCAAGAUGCUGAAGAUGCUCAUGAAUAG